UGUUGUUCUUGUUCUCUUAUUCUAUAAGUUAGAUCCGCAAGAUGCACAUAUUCCAGUAGUUUAAGUUGCCAUUCUAUUUUGGUUGGCACCUCGCUCGUUUUCCAUUUUGGGGCUAACGAAACACAACGUUAGUGUUCUGCACGAUCUCUCCUCUCUCCCGCCGAAAGUCUUCCCCAGCAACUUUCUGACAUCUGUGGCCCCUUCCGCUCCUGGCGAUGGCUCUGGGCACCAACACGACUGCUCUGCUGUAAACACAGACUAAAAAUAGCUCCGGCGCCCGAGCCAAACUCUGUGCCGCAGGCUGUGUGUGCUUUGGGACGGCUGAAGGGGCGCUCUGACCUGCAAAUGAUCCCCUGGCCAUGCCCCAUGGAGGUCUGCGCUCGACCCCUUUGCAGGGGCUGCUUGCUGCUUCCGCCUGGCUGGGUUGGGCCCGCCUCGCCAAGCGGGCGUUCGACUUCCUGGCCGGUGCCCUCUGGGCUUUGUGGGGCCUCAUCGCCUUGUCCUGGAAAAGGCAGGGUGCUCAGGGGCCCCUGCCCGAGCCGUGGGAGAGCUGCCCUGAGCUGAGGGUCUACCGGGGAGGAGAUGGUGAGGCUGAGCUGCUCACGGUCCACACACAGCCCUACAGCUUCCAGGUGGAUCUGGCCCGCCUGGCAAUGGAGAGCGCCUAUUUUGAGGCCCUCUCGAGAUCCCGCAUGCAGGAGGCGUCGGAGAGGCAGCUGGAUCUGAGCCACGUGCCCUCGGGGACCUUCCGCGCCAUCCUGGAGUGGGUCUUUUCCGGGCGUUUCAGCCUAGAAGAGGAAGACCUCUUGCCAGCGGUGCAGACCGCCAGCUACCUGAUGCUCCCGGGGUUUCUGGACCGGUGCUGGGCGGCGCUGAGCCCGCUGCUGAGCCCCCAGAACUGCCUGGCGUACCUGGGUUUUGCGGAGGCUGUGGGAUGCCCUGAGCUGAGGGCACUGGUGUCCGGCUACCUGAGUGCCCACCUGUUGGAGCUGCCAGCCCCUGUCACUGAACGGCUGGACCCCCAACUGCGGGAGGAGCUGGCGCAGCUCCGCUUCAAGGGCCGCCCCAUGCUGUGCGCCCUGCGCAAGGAGAACGUCAGCCUGGCGCCCGGAGUCCCCCUAGAACACCUGCAGGGCCUCUACCACCGCCCUCUGCCCCCUGAGGAGGGGGACUGGCGCUGUGCCACCCGACUGCCCUUCCAGGCCGAGAAGUGGAGCUUCAGCACAGCACAGCUCCUCAACUACCUCUUCGUCAUGGGGGGCUACCGGGAGAAGCGGGGCCCCCGCAGUUUCACCUUUCGUAUGGCGGCCUUCCGCUACAACCCCUUGACGGGAACGUGGAGAUCCACCGCCGCCCCCAAUAAGCGCCGGCGCCACUUCAGCAGCGCUGUGGUGGGGCACCACAUCUAUGCCGUGGGCGGCUGGUUCCUGGACUCGCUCCUGCCCCCGGACAGCAGCACCCGCCUGUACACGGCCGUGGAGCGCUAUGACCCUUGGGCUGACUCCUGGGCCUUCGUCUCCUCCCUCCCCAUGGGCGACUUCUCCUUCGCCGUCUCCCUGUCCCACGACCUGCCCCUCUGCACUGCACAUGGCGGCUGCAUCUAUGCCCUGGGCAGCAUACAACGCACCGGGGAGAAACUUCUGCUGUGCUACGAUGUGGCCGCUGACACGUGGCAGGAGCUCCUUCCGACUCUGACGCGGGCAGACGCUGACCUGCCUGGGCUCUACUUCCUGGGCGGCACGGAGCCCCUCUUCGUGGUGGGGGGCAACGCCCAAGACAACGUGGUCACCUCCUUCUGCCCCAGCACCCGGCAGUGGGGCCCUGCCCGGACCCUGCCCAAGUGCAGCCUGGCCGGACAGGGCCUGGCUUUGGACGGCACCCUCUAUAUGGCCUCUUCUGACUUGGAGGCCCUCUUGGAAGUGGAACUCGGAGUCCCGGACUGCCGCCAGCUGCCCCCGCCACCCUUUCCCCUGUCCUAUGAGGCCAUCUUCCUGCUCCACUUCCCCCCGGAAGGCUGUCGGGAAGAAGAAACAGAGUCCAGGGGACUCCAGGGACAUUGAGUCUCCCGUCUCCCCUCCUCCCUUUUGUCUGUUUGUCUUUUCCCGUCUGUCCAGUGAAAAAAAGACAGUCACGGAACCAAGAAAUUGCACAAAAGAAAUUACCGUGAAAAUCCCUGAAACAAAAAGUAAUUGACUAUGGAAUAACAAAAAUAAAAAAAUAAACUAGAAUUAAACAAAGACUUUACGAGAUGACGGCUACAAAACUUGUUUCACUGAACUAAUCAGUUUCCUCAGAAGAAAAUAAAGAAAUUAAAAGAUUUGAAGUGAUAUCAAACAAGCUCAAGAGAAGGGCUGAAAAUGCUUCCUCGAGUUUACAAAGAAGGUAUGAAAACCUCAAAGACAAGUUUUAAACAUAGCCCUAUUUAAGAGAAUCAAGCAGCAGUGAUAAGAAAUUGAGGUUUGAAGUUUCAAACAAACUCAAAAAACAGGGCAGAAACUCAAACAAGUUUUAAACAGAGCCCUAUGAAGAAAUUGAGGUUUUAAGUUUCAAACAGACUCAAACACAGGGCUGAAGCGCUCUUGACUACUGAUGUUAAAGACUUCAAACCUUAAUUGUUUAUUACUAUUAUUAUUGGAUUCUCUUAAACAGAGCUAUGUUUAAAACUUGUCAUUGAGGUUUUCAUGCCUUUUUUUGUAAAUUCGAGGAAGCAUUUUCAGCCCUGCUCUUGAGCUUGUUUGAUAUCACUUAAAAUCUAAUAAUUUCUUUUCCCGUCUGUCCGGCAGCUCUGGGGUUUGGACCAGUUAUCAGCCAAGAUGGGCCAUUCCUGGGUCAAGCCUUCUUGCUGGGCACCCUCCCCCACCCUCCCUUGCCCUCUCACCCAAAUACCGGCCUCUAUUUAUAGCACCAUGGCUUGCAAAACAGCUGCUGCUGCAAACGAAAAGGGUGGUCUGGCUCCUUCCUCCACUCCCGAUUCUGCACGCACAACACGGAGUGCAUCUCCCCGCUGCCCCAGACCCAAACAGCUACCUGGAGCUUCUCUCCGACCCAGAUCCUCUCCCUAACUCACAACUGCCCAGGGUCCUUCAAAACUUCUCGUUUUUGCUGUGAAGGAGCUGAAGGGUUACGCUUACUACAAAUCAUCACAAAAUUGCAGGGCACAGGGAGGGCACCUAAAUCCCAUCUAGUCCAACCCCCGUGCCUGGAGUGACCUGCUUGUAUUGGAGAAGUGUUGGGGUUCAGUACCCAAUACCCUUUGGGUUCACAGCCUGGGCAGCCCAUAAAAUCCAGAGACCAUCUGCCAGUAAUACGGGAUUAUUUUAUUUGUGGUUUGGUGUGACUAUUAAUUUCACAAAUGAAGCAUAUGGUAGGAAGGUACCUACAUUAUACAAUACUGUCUGGUGCACAUAAGUUAUCCCUCUUCAUUCCUCGCUGUUUCUCCAUUUAAUUUUGAUAUCUGUAACCAAGUUGACAAAAAGAAUGGAUUCUGAAAUGUAUAAUUUUGAAUUGUUACUGGUAUAAACUAUUAUUUGCCUGCUUAACCGUGCUCAGCGUCGGGAAAGCGUGGGAGAACUGAGCAGGAGGAGACAGACUGGAACCGCAGUAGAAAACGGAACGCUUUGAGUUGCAGAACUUUGAAAGAGCUCAGGACUUGCUGCAGACUGUGGGACAGCAAGAACUUUGAAGCAAAAAACCCUCUCUGGGAACAGAGAGAGUCCUACUUGUAACGGGAUAUAAAGCAUAUGUGUAUGCAGCGCGUGCUUGUGUGUGUGUGUGCAGUAAAGAACAACUCUGCUAAACAAAUGUUUUGUGUGGUGAGUUUAAAGCUUCUGUGCUGCACAAACACAGAACACACCCAACAAGAUGGGAAGGCAUGGAGAAGCAGCAAUGCAGGAUGAAGCCAAGCUUACAAUUCUUGGGCUGUUGCUUCAUUUCUCAGGCUGUGAGGUUCUGUUCUUCUCUCUCCAGGGCCGCAAGUUCCUCCAGAAGUUUCUGUUUCUCC